UUCAUGAAAUCUGAGCAUGCAUCUGGGUUUACUAUUGAGAAAUAGACCAGCGUUAUAACGUAAACUAACGGUGGGUAUGCCCGCUCAGCUUCUGUAGAUCAGAACAUGGUCACUGAACAUGAUGCUGUUCUUAGAGAAGUAUAUAAGCUGGAGGUGGUGUGAGAAAAGACACACAUUGCCUUGGAACGUCAACUGACACACACUGAAGCAAGAUGAAGAUCGCUGUCGGAGUUAUCUUGGCUACAGUGGUGGUGGCGAUCGCUGCCGAGUCCGCUGACCCGGCGACCUCCGCCAAGGUCACCGACUCCGCCGCCGACUCCGCCGCCGACUCCGGCAGCCGGCAGGGCCGUCUGCUGCUCCUCCUCAAGAAGAAGGCUCUGAUCGCGGGCGCCCCGCUGGUAAUCGCCAAGGGAGUGGGCGCCAAGGCCGGCUUCGCCAAGGCUGCCAUCGUCAAGAAGGGAGCCGUAGUCGGACUGGGCGGCCUGGCAGGAGCCGCUGGACUCAAGGGACUCGGUGGACUGGCCGGAACCGCCGGACUGGCGGGAACCGCCGGACUCAAGGGACUCGGGGGUCUAGCAGGACUCGGAGGAGUGGCCGGAGUCGCUGGAGUCUCUGGAGUCUCCGGACUCGGAGGAGUGUACGGAGGAAGGCUCGUCUCCACUGUCGGGGGCGCCGGUCGGGUGGUCUAUGUGAACCAGGCUCAGCCGCAGGUGUACUACGGAGGAGCCUCCAGGGUGCACGUGGCCAAGCCAGUCGUGGUGGAGGUGCCCUCGGUGCCACAGCACGUGCACUAUGGUAGCAGUUACGGCUAUGGACAGAAGCAUGUCUAUUAGACAUGCAGCCAUAGCAGUAUUAGACGCGCACCAAAAUAUCAUGUGUUGUGUUUGCUCUUUGCUCAAUGCUAAGUUACCUUAGGAUGUGGAGCAGGCAUAACAAUGCUCUUGUUUCUGCACAGCAUUAUCCAUUGUCAUCAGAGAUUUAUGUGAAGUGUCGCCAUUGAUACUCUUUUCGCCGCAAUUGACCAUUCUGUCCCGUACGAUUCGACUUGUGGAUCAUAUCAUCAAUCAUACCUAUCACGUCGCACUUAUUGAUGUCACAAUAAAUGCAGACACUGAUAAUAA